CCUCAUUAUUUAACGCAAUCUUCCCUCAUGAUCCGAUGCUAGAGAUCCUUGUGUCAUCGCGAACCAGGCAAAAAAGUCGCCGUUUUACAGUAAAAUUACAUACGAUAGGCGGAGUUUUGGGCAAACCAUGUCCAGUUUGAUGUCGUAGAGUUGACUUUAGUGUAAGGUAAAAUUUGUAUGUUGAUGCAUUGAGGACAAGUACCAGCCCACCAAGAUGAGUCUGACUAUUGAGCAAGUAUUAGACGACGCUAAGAGAUUAGUUGAUCGGUUACGAGACCAUGACAAUGCGGCCGACUCUCUCAUUGAACAAUCGACAACACUCAACAAGCGCAUUGAAGCUAUGAAACAGUACCAAGAAGAAGUUGAGGAGAUGAACAACGUGGCUCGUCAUCGCCCCCGAUCCGCCCUCAUCCUGGGCAUCCAGCAGGAGAACCGACAGAUCCGUGAGCUUCAACGAGAGAAUCGCGAGCUACGCGUCGCGUUAGAGGAACACCAGUCAGCGCUAGAUCUCAUCAUGAGUAGCUACCGGGAGCAAGUCUGUAAGAUGCUGAUGGCCAAUCGAUUUGACCGGGACUGCUUAGAGAAACACGCUGAGUAUCACGAGAAUUCCAUUGCAUCUACCGCCAAGAUUAUCGAGAUGGCCGCCGUGAUGAAACAAGCCAUCGAACUGGAGGAAAAAUCCUCCUUUGAUACUGAACAGCAGCUGACAAGAUUACAGGUGGAAAAUCGCGGCCUGCGGGAGUUGCUUGAGAUAAGCCGAGCGGUCCACUUCCGCCACAGCCCCAUCCAUCAUGAGGAGAAAACAGACAAAGAGAAAGACCCUACACCGCUCAUCGUCAACAAUGAGGGCGCUAACAACCUCCCAGACAGCAAAUCCCAAACUCCGGAAAACGACCAGCUGCCCAAAACGAACAGUGGAACCGGUAGUGAGAAACUGGUUGACGAAGCUAAGGACACCAAUGAAAAAAAGGAAUUAAUAGAAGUCGAAGACACUAGCGCGCAUGGAGGUCUGAAAAGCACUGAGAACGCAACGGACGAAAAGGAGCGGGAUGAGAGUGGCGAUGUGAGCGCGCAGGGUGAGGGCGCUGUGGAUCUGGAGGUGGAGGACGUCUUGAAUGAUUUCGCGGACAUGACAGCGAGUCUGGAUAUGGGGGAUGAUGAGGACGAGUCGGAGGCUUAGCGGGAAUGCGCAGUUGAUGCUUAAUAGUGGGAGUGCAUAAUUAAUGCUUAGCGGUAUCAGACGCUCACUGAGGAUAAUCAGGGAUGCAUUAAAUAUGCUUAGUGAAAAUCAGGGCCCAAUUGCAUGGCUCUGUAAAACCAUUAGCAAACAAAAUCCCUGCUUAGGCC